CCCACCUCGACCUAUCCCCAAGAUGGAGGACCAAAAAGAACCGUCAGCUACAGAUCAGUCCGCUCGAAAGAGCUCUGAAGAUGGUUCACACGAGCUGAACGUCGAGUCGAUCGACCUGAAUGAGAACGAGAAGCAGCAAGAGCAACAGCUGCAAGAGUCCGAUGUCGAUGACGAUUUUGGCGAGGUUGAUCUGGACGAUGACAAGUCCGAAUCAGAGAAGAAUAAGAAGGAAAUCGAGAAGGACGAGGAGAAGAACGAAUUGAAAGUAGCGGUAGCAGAGGAAGAACAGGCUCAGCUACCGACUUUUACAUCGUUACGGCCGCCUUCGCCUUCAUCGUCUUCUAUCGAGGACCAGAAGAAGAAUAACAGGAGAGUUACCAUGGCUUUCAGGUCGACUCCAUCUGCGUCUGCAUCUGCAUCUCUCAAUUCUAGCCCUGCGCUUGGGACCACCGAGAACUUUUCAGCUCCGCCUCGACAGAGUACAGAUGAGGAGAACGUCAGCAAGCUAGGACCACGGGAUGAACCUCACCCUACACGGAUUGAGAACCUGGAUCUAGAGCCAGUCUCGCUCGAUGAAAACGAAAUCGAAGAAGCAAAAGGAGAGAAACCUACGACCUUACGGCCUGAACGACCCGGCGCUUCUGAACAGACAUCGCCGUCUAUCGGAGCCAAGCUCGGUCUGACUUCGGCUUUCGGGUACGCUGCGUCCUUGUUACCUUCUACUUCCACCUCUCCUUCGAAGCCCAUCGAAAGGGGUUUCAGUAGUCCUGCGGAGAACGCCGCAAAUGGACAAUUCAUUUCCACCGGAUCGUCGCAGGAGGAGGAUGAGGAUUCUUCGUCGACGCCCGUACCUAACGAUCCCGUACCUAUCACUAGCGAUUCGGCAAAACCUCCCCCACCUCCUGCGGCGUCAGGGUCGUGGACGUCCUCGUUUACGAACUACUUUGGCUCGAAGUCACCUUCAGUCUCCAUCUCGUCCCUCGCUUCCAACCCGCUUCCUAGCAUCCCUUCUCCCUUCCGAAAAGGCACAAGGCCGGCACCUGAGCGGACGGAUACCUCUGGUACCGCUUUCCUACUGCACAACCUCGAUGCGACCAAGGAGGAGAGGAGGAGGAGUGUGGAAGCGGGUGGGUCGGUCGCGCUGAAAGAAGGGUUCGAGAGGGUCAAGAGGGAUAGUUAUAGUACGAGGUUGAGGGAGGCGGCAGAGUAUGGCGAUAUAGGGGAGGACGAGGAGGAUGAGGAGGACGAGCAUGGACAAGGGCUGGGAGUUGGCGUUCGGAGGAGGUCGUCCGUCAGACCACAUACAGCAACGAAGCCUCAAGCGCCUGCACAACCUCCACCUCAAGCCACGGACUAUUCGGACGACCAAGAACCCGAACUCGGUCCGGACGGGGUGGAUUGGCCCUUCUGGGGUUGCGUCAUGAACGACUACGAAGCCAUCGCCCGGAGUCGUCCCCGUGACCUUUCCCGGGCGAUCCAACAGGGUAUCCCCGCCGUGGUGAGGGGCACCAUCUGGCAAUUGAUGUCGAGCAGCAAGAACCCGGGGUUGGAAGCUACUUAUGCCGGGCUCUUGAAGGAGAAGAGUACGCAUGAACGGGCGAUCCAGAAGGAUCUGGCGAGGACUUUGCCGGGGCAUCGGUAUUUCGCUCAGGGGGGUGGGGUGGGGCAAGAGAAUCUGUUCAAUGUCGUCAAGGCGUACAGUCUGUAUGAUGUUGAGGUCGGGUAUACCCAGGGGGUGGCUUUCAUCGUCGCGGCUUUGUUGCUCAACAUGCCGGACGAAGAGGCGUUUUGCGUCUUGGUCCGAUUGAUGGAAUCGUACAACCUGCGAACGCAUUAUCUACCCGAAAUGCCUGGUCUACAGCUGAGGAUGUUCCAGUUCGAGCGUCUAUUGGAGGAAUUAUUACCUCUUCUGCAUCUUCAUUUCGUGAGAAAGGGCGUCAAGAGCUCGAUGUAUGCUAGCACUUGGUUUUUGACCUUGUUCACGCAUCGUUUCCCUCUAUCGCUGGUCUACCGGAUCUUUGAUAUCGUCUUUGCAGAGGGUAUUGAAGCCAUAUUUCGCUUCUCACUGGCUUUGAUGCGACGGAACGAGGACAAAUUGCUCGCCCUCGAUUUUGAGGGAAUCUUGAAGUUCUUGGGCAACGAGGUGUUUGAUUGUUACAAGACAACAACGGCAGCGGAAAUCGGGGUUUCAGGACAGGAAGAUGACGCCGACUGGCUUGCCAACGACUUUGUUCGCGACGCUUAUGCGACUCAAAUAACACCAUUCAUGCUGGAUUCUUAUGCGCACGAGUGGGAAGACCUAUGCCGUAUCGCAAACGCUCACGCGACCGAGAUGGACACGCUCAGGAGUGCGAACCGUGUCCUUUCUGCUCAAGUUAAACAACUUGAAGGAGCUAUGGCAGCGAUGAGCGAGGAGCACGUGGACAUGGUCAAACAACUUGUUCAAGCUCGUAUCGACAACGAGGCGACGGAAAGCGAGCUUAUCCGCUACAAGACCAUGUAGGUACGCCGAGCUUGUUCAUGAGCAAGAUUCCAACAGGGCCAGCUACAUCGCUCCGCCGUCGAAAUCGAAGCCAAGCAAUA